AUGGAAACAUUGGAAGAGGAACAAUGUGUUAUUUUAAUCUGUAUCAUCAUCAUCAUGUCUGCAUUACAUUUGAGCCAACAAAGAAGGGGGAGACCUUGGGUAAGGCAGUGGAUUGGGAGGAGGGACAACCUUGGUGCAUACCAUGCACUCAUUGCAGAGCUCAGGAAUGAAGAUCCUUCGUCUUUGAAGAAUUUUCUGCGAAUGGAUUUUGCAACCUUUAAUGAGCUUCUCCAGUGUGUCUCGCCAUUGAUACAGAGGAGAGAUACCCUCAUGAGAGAUGCAAUUUCUCCUGCAGAGAGACUUGCUCUAACCCUGCGUUUUUUGGCCACUGGUGAUAGCUAUCGCUCUCUCGAGUAUCUUUAUCGCAUUCCUGUAUCUACAGCCUCUACGAUAAUACCAGAAACGUGUAUUGCAAUAUAUAACGCUUUGAAAGAAAAUUACUUGAAGAUCCCACAAACACAACAAGAGUGGAUGGCUAUUGCGAAUAGUUUUGAUGAACAAUGGGACUUUCCCAAUUGCAUUGGCGCUAUUGACGGAAAACAUGUUUUGAUUAAGUGUCCAACAGGGAGUGGUUCAACCUACUUUAAUUAUAAAAAUCAGUUUAGUAUUAUUUUGUUAGCAUUAGUUGAUGCUGAUUAUAAGUUUUUAUACGUGGACGUUGGAACUAAUGGAAGAGCCAAUGAUAGUGGCAUUUUGGCAAGGUCUGCCUUGAUAGAAAUGAUAGAGAGUGGCAAUAUGAAUUUACCGCCUCCCCGCCCACUUCCUGAGCGUCAUUUAGAGGUACCAUUUGUCAUUGUAGGUGAUGAUGCCUUUCCUCUUAAACCUUAUCUUAUGAAACCCUUCCCCAAAAGACAAUUAGACUUAGAAAAGCGUGUAUUUAACUACAGACUGUCCCGGGCAAGACGGAUUGUUGAAAAUGCAUUUGGAAUUUUGUCUAGUCGCUUCGGUAUUUUCCAAAAGCCAUUGUCAUUUGAUCCUGACAAAGUCAAGAUUUUUGUUUUAGCGUCUUGUGUUCUGCACAAUUAUCUGAGAUCGAAGGAUUCAGCGAGACAAAUAUAUACACCGGAAGACAUGUUAGAGGAAUCUGACAAAAGAUGCAGCACUGAAAUGGUAGGUAGCUGUUUGAGGGGUAUUACUCAGCAAGGUGGCAACAGAUGCAAUUCUGAUGCAAGAUCUGUGAGAGAUGAGUAUUGUGAUUAUUUUAAUACCAAUGGCAGUGUUGAAUGGCAAUGGGAUUUAUCAUAA